AUGCCCAUCAAAGGUGUCCUUGUAAAUGUGUAUGACCCUAACUAUUCAUUGUGGAUUCCAAGAGACGGCGUGCAUGUGAAGGUCAAAGGCCACAAUCAGAGGUGGAUUGCGAAGUAUAAAUAUGUCCAAGAAACAGAUACACGUCUGUGGUCGGUCCAGGCCGAGGAUGCUGGAGAUUACUUGUCAUGGAACUCGAGCAUGCAAGUCCUCAUGAGCGACAUUGAGCACUGGUGGAGAGUGGUCUUCAUAGGCGCCAGUGUCGUAUUCCAAGUCCCCCAUGUGUCUAAGGAUGAUCACAGCUACUAUACUUUGCAUCUUGAAGAUGAUGAAUCGGUGAUGUGGCCCGUUGACCGUGGUACCAUACUGUUCCUGACGCUCGUUGUAGGUCACCCUCAAGAACAACCCGGGACAGCCCCUCGACAGGCAGCGGUGGACUCCCGUGGAUAA